CGCCGCUCACAACAGAUGAUUCGCGCAGCGUCGCCAACACAAAAGACAUUCACCUUUUUGUUUUGUUUAUCCAAGUGCCAAAGUGAAAAUUAUUUGGAAGGAUUUACAUUGAAACUUUUAUGAACAAGCGCAUAAAUGAUUGAAUAACAUCCCGGAUAAAUCGUGUCAGCCUUGAAAUCGACCGUGGUCGUCUCGCUUUCGUUGUGAUCCUUCCGCCUUAACCUCACUUUCUACCUGAAUCCUUGAACUAAACUUUAAAAGGAAGAAAUUUGGAGUGUGUGGGUUGUUCGAUCGUUAACAAUGAAAACUACGGUGUGUUUUCGCGAUACCAACGAACAAUGUGAAGUUUACAACUGUGGUGGUAGACUGGGUUCCGGGGGACUGGGCUCAAGUUUGUCUUUGAGACCUAGGGGCUCCCUAGCCAGGGCCCUGUACCACAAGCAGAAACACGAUGAAUAUCUGAACUCUUUCGACAAAAAUGAGACUAAAGACCUAGCUAGAAUAAAGAAUGAUGAGGUGGUUAAGAAAGAUAGGAGUAGAUUUUAA